CUGCCGAUCAUCAGUGGUGUUUGAAAGGUGACAUUUUACUGGUCUGAUCAUCAUGGGGAGAAGAUACUUUUGUGAUUACUGUGAUCGGUCCUUUCAGGACAACAUGCACAACAGGAAGAAACAUCUAAAUGGUGUUCAACAUCACAGGGCUAAAAAAGCCUGGUUUGACCAAUUUAGAGACCCUGCAGCUGUUCUGUAUGAUGAGCAAGCAAAGAAACCCUGCAGGAAGUUUCUCCAAAAGGGAAUUUGUGAUUUUGGCCCAAACUGCAGGUUUUCUCACAUGUCUAAAGAAGAGCAGCUAGACUUAAUGACGCAGUUGGAAGAGGAGAGGCAGAAUAAAGAAGAUUAUGAGGAGAGAAAGAUUGUUGAGCGAAGUAUAGAAAAAUGGCUUUUGAAAAGGGAGAAGACGCAAGCUGCCUUCAGUAGCAAAGGGGAUGGAAAAACUAAAGAAGACAGCGAGGAGGUUUACGCUGACAGUGAGAUACCUCAGCAGCUCCUCUCCAUUCCUGACCUCCCACCCUCAGUUUUGCCUCCUCCUCCAGGUGGAUGGAGAGUCAAAGUGAACACUGAAUGGGGUUGAGAUCAGUUCAGACUGGGUUUCAUAUUGCACAUUGAGUAUUUGUAUCCUGCCUAUAACAGAUAUGAUAUCAAAUAUUUAAGACUGUUAUUGUCAAGUCCACCUCUUUUUCCCUCCAAAGGACGCAAGGACAACACAAUUCCAAUUUCCAACUCAAACUUUUAUUUUUCUUUAGGUUGGUUGGUCACUUCAUCACAAUAGGUUUAAAACCUUUAAAAACAGAAACAAAAGUUAACAUCUUAAACAUUUUAAAUGAAUCAAGUAUCUUAAACAUUUAAAACAUUUUAAAUGAAUCAAAUAUCUUAAACAUUUUAAACAUUUUUAAAUUAAUCAAUCUUUUAAGCCUUUUAAAUUGAAUAAAAAAAAAUCUAAUUUCAUGAAUUUCCCACAUUCAGCCUUUUAAAUCUUAUUUUUGCACAUUUUUAGUAAAAUUGUUAACAUUCAACAGAAUUGUAACAUUUUCACCUUUGUAUUAUCCUUCUGUAUUCUAUUUAAUUUUUCAAACUCAAAAUAAAAUAUUUUCUUACUGAAAAAUGAAAGCUUAUCUUAGUGCAAACUCAUUCAACACAAAACCAAUGAAGUCAAUGCUGCAAUGCUUUCAUUAACCAAUCUACACAGCAGUUAAACAUAAACGUGACCAUAUUAAGCAGCAUUUCACAAACUAUGAAAGCAAAUAAAACAUUUCACCGACCAUUGGCGUCUUUGGACUGAAUUAGGGAGGCCCCGAUACUGGUAUCGGUAUCGGGGCCGAUACUGCUCUCAUAAACUCGUACUCGCAAAAAUUCUCCGAUACCACGCACCUAUACCACUUCAUUUUGUUGUAGUUACUGAUUAGUGACUCUAGGGGGAGAUGUUUAGUCGCUCUGCGGCUCCUCGGGUGAGUGUGCAGCCUUGGGGCAGAGCAGCCGCCGAGCCGCCACUGCUCAGCCAGCUGUUAAUGUUAGCCGCUAGUCAGCUAAGCUUAGCGUGGUGAUGAGAAGAGAGUGAUACCCAUGAGUGAGACUGGCAGCACCGUUUCAGGCAAGAUGGCGACAAUUAAUGCAAGCGGGAUGUCAGCAGUGUGGACAUAUUUCAAGGGACGACAUCAGAAGCAAGGCAGACUGCAAGCUAUGUGCUGCUAAAGUGUGAAGAGGAGGGAAGGAGAAUACAUCGUUUAAUACCAGCAACUUGAUAAAACAUCUCAAGGCGUAUCAUAAAGCUGAAUAUACGGAGGUUGCUAAUGCUAUUGCAAGACCACAACAGCCAACAUUAGCUCAGGUUCUGCAAAAGCCACAGAAAAUGUCAAGAGACAACCCACGGGCCGUGUUGGGACCCAGCGGGCUGUCGGCGCGGUGCGUGGCCGGGGGGCUGCGCGCUCCCAGCGCCACCGGGCCGCGGAGGAAAGCCCUGUCGGCUGAGUUUUGUUUAAAAUAGUUAUUCCACUCAUUUUAUUUAUUGUUAUUGAAUUUAUCUGUUCCAAAUAAAACCUGUCUUCCAAUU